CCCCCACAGGCGUGUGAGCAGCACUGCUUCAUCGACGAAGCCCCGGGUCCACAGCUGGGAAGAAUAUGGCCACUUCCUGGGGCGCUGUCUUCUUCAUGCUGAUGGUAGCCCGAGUUGGCAGCACUGUCUUCCACAGAGAACGGCAGACUUGGUUCGAGGGUGUCUUCUUGUCUUCCAUGUGCCCCAUCAAUGUCAGUGCCAGCACCUUUUAUGGAAUCAUGUUUGAUGCAGGCAGCACUGGAACUCGAAUUCAUGUCUACACCUUUGUGCAGAAAACAGCAGGAGAGCUCCCCUUUCUAGAAGGUGAAAUUUUUGACUCUGUGAAGCCAGGACUUUCUGCUUUUGUAGAUCAGCCCAAACAGGGUGCAGAGACUGUUCAAGGACUCUUAGAAGUGGCCAAAGACUCCAUCCCUAGAAGUCACUGGAAAAGGACCCCGGUGGUUCUGAAAGCAACAGCCGGACUGCGUUUACUGCCAGAGCAGAAAGCCCAGGCUCUGCUCUCGGAGGUAGAGGAGAUCUUCAAGAAGUCACCUUUCCUGGUCCCAGAUGACAGUGUUACCAUCAUGGAUGGGUCCUAUGAAGGCAUAUUAGCCUGGGUUACUGUGAACUUUCUAACAGGUCAACUUCAUGGCCAUGGCCAGGAGACUGUGGGGACCCUUGAUCUGGGUGGUGCCUCCACCCAAAUCACAUUUCUCCCCCAGUUUGAGGAAACCCUGGAACAAACACCUAGGGGCUACCUCACUUCCUUUGCGAUGUUUAACAGCACCUUUAAGCUCUAUACACAUAGUUACUUGGGAUUUGGAUUGAAAGCUGCAAGACUAGCAACUCUGGGAGCCCUGGAAACAGAAGGGACUGAUGGACGUACUUUUCGAAGUGCCUGUUUACCAAGAUGGUUGGAAGCAGAGUGGAUCUUCGGGGGUGUGAAAUACCAGUAUGGUGGCAACCAAGGAGGGGAGGUGGGCUUUGAGCCCUGCUAUGCAGAAGUGCUGAGGGUAGUACAAGGAAAACUUCACCAGCCAGAAGAGGUUCGGGGAAGCUCCUUUUAUGCUUUCUCCUACUAUUAUGAUCGAGCUGCCGAAACACACUUGAUUGAUUAUGAAAAGGGGGGUGUUUUAAAAGUUGAAGAUUUUGAAAGAAAAGCCAGGGAAGUGUGUGAUAACUUGGAGAGCUUCUCCUCGGGCAGUCCUUUCCUAUGCAUGGAUCUCAGUUACAUCACAGCCUUAUUAAAAGAUGGCUUUGGCUUUGCAGACAGCACCCUCUUACAGCUCACAAAGAAAGUGAACAACAUAGAGACGGGCUGGGCCCUGGGAGCCACCUUUCACCUACUGCAGUCUCUGGGCAUCACCAGCUGAGGCCAAGUACUUGCUUUGAAGCCCGCAUUCUCAACAGCUUCCUCACAGGAAGAAGAGGACUCAGGCGUCUUCUGAAAGACUCUGGAGAAAGCCUGCACUGAAACCCAUUAGCUGGCCUUAUAAUGAGGGAGGGGGCUAUAGACGAGUCUUGCCCUUGAGCCUAGUGAUUUGGGCUUCAGUAAUUUCGCACUUCUAAUGUGAAUGGCUCCCGAGCCACUUGGCAGGUGUGUGGCUGGCACCAGAGUGCAUAUCUUUUGAGAUUUUUUUGUAUGUCAGUGUCCUGUGAAGAAGAAUCAAAAAAGUUUGGAUCUCUACGUUAGUUAGACUAAAAGUUCAGAGACAGGUCCCUGGGAACCAAAGAAAAAAAUCUCAUUUCAACCCUUGCAGUGCCUCAUUUUUUAAAAUGUUUCUUUUUUGCUUACAAGCUAAAUUAAGCUGACUCCUUGAAGUCCCAUAACCUAUCAAUAGUGGUAUUUUUUUUCUUCCUCCUACCCUUAUUACAUUCCCCACCCUAAAAAACAGGGGGGGAAUCUCUGGUUUUUUUGUAACUCAGAGGGGGAGUGGAGAUACUGCAUAAGAAUAUUCGUGAUCCUGUGGCGCAAUGUAGAGCUUCGAGUUGUCCUAAGGAUUAUUAUUUUCAGAUAAGGGUCUUGUCGCUCAGGCUGGCCUGGAACUCACUGUGUAGCCCAGGUUGCCUUGAAUUAACAAUUUUCUUGCCUCAGCCUCCUGAAUCUUGGGAUUACAGCUGUGAGCUAGCAAGAUCAAGAGAGUAGUUCUUAACUGUGCCGAGGUUUAGAGCUGUAAGAAAGGAGCCGCCGUCUCAAGGGGCAGCUGUCACAGAACAUGGCUGCUGCUCACAUGCCACCUUCACUCAGUUCACUCCAGUGCCAGCACUGCCUCCCACGACAGUGUUUACAGAAUUAAACAUGGCCGUAACCUUAGUAUCUUUGUAUGUCUGUGAAAUACCUAGUUUUUGGUCUGUGGUUAGAAGCUAGUGUAUGUGCUAUUUGAGUCUAAAGAUUGCCAAUGCUUUCAGUUUGACCUUAUGGGGGCUGGGGUAUGGAGAGUGCCAGGACCUCUUGCUUGUUAGGCACAAUGUGCUACCACAAAGCUUCUUUUAUAGUAGUGCUUUCCUGUUUGGGCCCUUGCUGAUUUUAGUUACUAUUUUCUCAAUUUAUUACCCAGCUCAGGAUUUCAGAUCCCCUUUCCAAUGAUACCCAACAUUUGAUUUGAUUGGCUAUUUUGGUCCGUGCUGGUCCAUGUCAGCACAAGGACUAGCAUUUCUAGAGAACCAUAUUUUCUCUCUCAGGACAUUCUCUGUGUUGAGGUUGAACACAGGUCGACAUGCAUGCUAGGCAUGGGUGCUCUACUACAUAUUUAGCCCGUUGAAGACCAUUAUUGUAAACAUUUUAAACUUCUGUCAUCUUGUCCUGUCUUGUCUGAUCAUCAUUGGCUGGCCUCCUUGCAAAGUUGUUCUGGGUGUGAAAGGUCUGUUGCUCAGCUCCUGGCAUAGCACUUUACCUCUUCCUCUUCUCUUUCCAGGAAAGUUUUCUUCUCCCCUAACUUGUCAGUCAACCCCUUUUCCUUCCACUCUUCACAAAGGAUGUGACUAUGCCUGGCCCCAUGGCAGUCCCUGGGAAACCUUAUUUUUGAAGCCAUUACAUUGAGCCAAUAAGUAUUACCAUCUACUGUGUGCAAAAAGCAGGCAAAUGAGUAUAUCCUUACCUCCCCAGUGUUAGGGGGUUGUGUUGAUUAAAGGUGGAAUUUCUUCAGACCCUUCACACCGAGAGUGGCUUGAGACUGGGUCUCACUGUUGCUCAGGUAGCCUGGAGCUUCGUGGACUCAAGUGAUCCUCUCACCUCAAACCACCGAGUAGCAGAGACUACAGACAGGCCCUGCUGAGCCCCGCCUAGGCCUCUGUUACUAAGCACACCUUCACCGCUUAUAUUCAUUGUCCUCUUCAAAACUGGGCUCACACGCAGUAGCACAGACUUUCUGCACUGCAAACAGCUCCCUUCCGCUUAGGCUGUCACUGAUGUUUAUAGCUCCAGUAGCUGAGGUCUACUUUUUUCUUCAGUCAUCUUAGUUCUGCCGUCUCCUACUCCAAAUCCUUUCAGACUCUCUGAAGAUAAUUGAAUUUUUAUGGCUUUUUAAAAACAGGCAACAUAGACUGUUUACUAUGUCAAAAAAAAAAAAAAAGGUAUUAGACCAGUUGUAAUCCACUAAAUGUUUUCACAGUUGAAAAACCCAAGCUGUUUUCCUAAGAGUAAGCUAUGUUCAUUAAAGGUUCCUAUACAACAGGCAUUGCUGCAUAGGCCUAUAAUUGUAGCUACACUGGAGUUGAGGCAGGAGGAUUACAAUUUGUGGGCUUGCUACAUAGCCACUCUGAGCAACUCAGUACAACACUCAAAGUUUUUAAGGGGAGAGGAGUUAGAAAAUAGAUUUCAACGGCAAAAUGUAUUUAGCAUGUCACACCCUAGAUUUUAUUCCCAGCACUAAAAAGACAAAGAGCACAACUCGAGCUGAAGAGUGAGUCUACCACAUCUGGCCUCUGAUCCCUCAGACAGGGGCCGUGGCUAUAAAGUGCAUGUUGUCCCAGACCUUAUGGUUGCCUUGGAUAAUGCCAGAACUCUUAAAUAGAUGUACUUUCAAGUCAGAAACUUAUCUGCAGAUACCAUGUUAAUAUUCCUCAAGCCCUUUUUUUUUUUUUUUUUUUUUUUGAGACAGGGUUUCUUGGUGUAGUCUUGGCUGUUCUGGAACUCACUCUCAAACUCAAGAGAUCCACCUGCCUCUGCCUCCCAAGUGCUGGAAGUAAAGGUGCGCACCAUCACCAUCUGGCAAAAUGGGCCUUAUUUUUUUCCCCCCUCUAAGGGGGUCUUUUGUGUUCUGAUGUUGCUGGCAAGUUCCAUCUCUUUGAAAACAUUAAUGUAUGUUGAAUACCAGGCAUGUGUGUAUGUUAUCACUAUUAUAUGAAGAACACCUUAGUCACAGAUGUCCUUGCAAAGUGUGCCUUAAAGUCUCAUCUUUUUAACUUUUUUUUUUUUUUCAUACAAUGGAGCCAGGAAUCUUAACAGGGUUCCUCUUUUGCAAAAGGUGACCUUGCCCUGAUUGUCUCUGGCCAUCACUUUCCUCAGCAGCUGCCAUCUUUUAUUCUGGGGACAUUUUCUAGGUUUACUGAUAUUCUUUGUACUAAGUUUUCCACAUUGUUUAAAAAGCUGUCCUGUAGCAACAGCUGUCUCAUCCCUUCAAAGCUAUUCCAAAACAGUUUAGCUUUCUUCAUCUUUUCAAAACAGAUUUCUAGGCAAGACGUUCAGGAGCGCUCUUGUCUAACACGCCUAAAGGCCUCUUCGGGAGGCCUCUCCAGUGCUGUGCAGUACGCACUUCAAAACCCAAGUAAUGAGCCACUCCUGCCACCACACAUGGAGGACCUGUGCAGCUGACUGGCUCCCUUCAGACUGGUUCCUGAGACUUCUGCAGCUGUGUGCAAUGAGAUUAUUUAUUGUUUUAUUACUGAACAGAGAACAACAUCCCAGAGAGGAGCUGUAAACAAAUGUGGUACUGUAAUAGCAAGUAGAAAAGCACAUUAAUAAGAUCUGGCUGUUACUUGUCUUCACUUCCCCCUUAAAUACAGUGUACUGUAACAAAGCAAUUUAAUUGGCAUGCCAGUGUUAGUCUUAAAACAACAAUCUAACAAAAUGUAUCAGGUAUUUCUUAUAAUUCUUACUCUGUCAAGAUAAUUAUAAAUUUAUGACCAGCAUUAAAGUAUUCUAUUUAAAAAGGAUUGUUACCAAGUGAAAUGAGGGCGAGAAUAUCUUUGUGAUUUGUUUAGUAAUAAAAAGCUCCUUUCAAUAAAA